CUAGUGCUUACAGUAACGAACCAUUUGAACUUAGACAAAUCUUACAUAAUGUUCGCUAAGGUGUUGUUCGCAUGCGCGCUAGUAGGCGUCGCGCGCGCUGGUUUGAUCGCUGGGGGUCAUGGCGCAUUGUCGUCACAGAGCAUCGUGCUGGGCGCCCCUGCCCUUGCGCAUGGCUACGGAGGUUACGCUGCCGCACCCGCUAUUGCGGCACCUGCAUUAGGAUAUGGAUUAGGUCACGGAGCCGUGGUUGCACAUGCGCCGGUUUACAGGGCACCAUAUGCGCACGCCGCUGCCCCUGUUGAAGUUUAUGCCCACCCCCGCUACCAAUUCAAUUACGGUGUCACUGACGGUCACACCGGCGAUCAGAAGAGCCAAUGGGAAGCCCGUGAUGGGGACGUCGUGAAGGGCCAGUACUCUCUUGUUGAACCUGACGGCACCGUGCGCACUGUCAACUACUCUGCUGAUGACCACAAUGGAUUCAAUGCUGUAGUCAGCAGGCACGGCCAUGCUGCGCACCCCGCUGCCCACGCAGUGGUCGCUGCCCCAGCCCUUGGCCAUGGCCACCUUCUCCACGGCUAAACUUCAACGACCCUUUAGCCUAGACCAACACCGACGACACCUAUUUAUUUCUACUUAGCUUAUUAAGCAGAUUAAGCAUGGACGGAAUGCGACAACGAAGAGCAUUGUAUAAUGAACGAUUACAGACUAGUGUGCUUACUCCCUAACCGUUUCACAAUCUGCACAGGGACUUAGGCCCAAAUUAGCAUAGAACUUUACAUUUUCAUUCAUCUAUUUUACAAAGCAUUAGAACCUUUUGUAUUAUAUUUUCUUAUAGUGUGUAAGUUUUCGUGUUUUUUUUAUUAUUAUUUUAUUUUUCAAACUUCGUACAUUUUGUGAAACGUUAGACGAUUGCUUGCGGGGUGCUGUGCAGAAACUCUGGUUUUUGUGACUGAUAAUAAUGUAAAUUAAAUAUAAUAUUUGUCAUAUA